AUGGGGAACUGUGUCAAAUCACCGCUCAGAAACCUGUCUAAAAAGAUUCGACAUGAGGAGAAAAACUGCUACCAAGUAGUCAAGACGUGCGAGGAUACAGCGGGAGCAGCAGCAGCAGGAGCGUCCCCUGGAGGGAGCGAGUACCAGGAGCCCUUGUUCGCCCUCGCUCACAACUGUGCACUCAUGCACAAUCUCCUCGGGCCAGCCUGCAUAUUCCUCAGGAAAGGAUUCGCAGAGAGGCAGGCUGACCGAGAACUGGGAGCAGAAGAAAUUGAAGAACUAAGAGAUGCAUUCAAAGAAUUUGAUAAGGAUAAGGAUGGUUUCAUUGGCUGUAAAGACCUGGGUAACUGUAUGCGGACGAUGGGCUAUAUGCCAACAGAGAUGGAGCUGAUUGAACUCUCCCAGCAAAUCAACAUGAACUUGGGUGGCCAUGUUGAUUUUGACGACUUUUUGGAACUGAUGGGACCAAAGCUAUUGGCAGAAACAGCAGACAUGAUCGGAGUGAAAGAGCUUCGAGACGCUUUCAAGGAGUUUGACACAAAUGGAGAUGGAGAGAUCAGCACAACCGAACUUCGUGAAGCCAUGAAGAAAUUAUUGGGCCAGCAGAUUGGACACAGGGACAUUGAAGAAAUACUGAAAGAUGUUGACCUGAAUGGGGAUGGGCGUGUUGACUUUGAAGAAUUUGUCCGGAUGAUGUCCCGCUGACAGAGGAGAGGAGGAUCCUGGAUCAAGAUUUCAAAUAACCGCGAACUGACAGAAACUGAUGCAAUAUCUUAAUGCUCUGGAGACUUAAUCAAAUGGCUCUUCUGAAUACAGAGCAAAAUCUCUUUCUAUUCCAAGCUACUGAGGAAAUUCCGAGUUUCCAAUAAGGUGGAACUAUAAACUGAAACAAAGACACUCUUUAUAUCCUUCUGCUGCUGCCUGAGUUCCACAGUAACUAUAAUCCCAGGUUUUGCACGGCUGACCCUCACCAAGGACCGUGCACAUAAACACGGUGGUGAAGUGGUGUUUCUUUAAGUGUGCAGUGCUCAAAAUAAAAUACUAAUGUCAUUAACAGAUGAAAUUUGAAGUUGUAACAAGCUGUUUGUAGCUCCUCGGUCUUUUAGUGGCAUUGGAGGGUUUAUCUUUCAGCGAGAAUUCAGAACAUCAGCAAUAAGGAUUACUCUGUGAUUAUAUUGAUCACACUGACGGGCACAUUUGCAUUAAAUUUGUCUCAGAACUACCUUCACAAUGCCAUUAUAAUGAAUGGGCUGACAAUUGCAUUGAAAUAGCAGAAACAGGAUUGUAAUG